AUGGACUACCCCUGCACCUCUCACGCUUCAUCCUCACGCUUACCUCUUUGUCCUCCUUCUCUCCCACCAACUCUGUCCACCACUCGUCCUCGUAGAGCCCUACGCCGGAGAAGCCCUCGUCGGACAGCAUUCCACUUCGUCAUCAUCUGUCUUCCCUACGUCACCGCCGCAUUUCCUAUACCUCUACGACUGAAUCCUCCACUGCUCGACUCCCUUCCAUCCUGGGGUCGAUCACCACCAUUUUUGACACCUUACACCUCAGCCGACAUGUUCGAACCAUCCUCCUUUAUGUCCAGUAAACCUCUGCUUGAUACGAUGCCGGUUCAAAGAUACGGUCAACCCACAAUCCACUUUCUUCGCCGACGUUUUGGUUCCAUGUACCAUGUCCCGGACGAUUAUGUCGUCCUUCAGCGACAGUUUAAAUGGUACCUCGUCGUUGUAGCCUACACCAUCGCGACUUGCGGAGCACUAGUCACCCUCGAACUAUUGGUACGACGUACCACCACUAGAGGACUCCGGAACAUCGUUCUUCUACUCAUGGCCGGCUUCUCCUUCGGUGCGGUAUCGACUUUCUCCAUGCACUUCAUUUUUAACAACGCUCUAUCUCUUCAUCACCCUGACGAAGUGGCAGAAGGCUUUCCCGCCAUUUAUCUCUCAUAUGACUGGCUUUACUCCAUCCUCUCCCUUGUAGCCAGCUGGGCAGCUAUGACACUCUCUUUCUUCUUCAUGGCGUUCGAAUUCUCCUGGGCCAACAUCAAACGUUGGAUGAAACUUCAUUUUCUUAACCGUCAUCCGAACGUCAACGCAACACCGGAAGUAGCGGACGAGUAUAAUAACUGGAAGCACGCCAGACAGCCCAGCUCUCAAUCACGCUCGGAGACCAGGUCAAUCGUCAGGCAAAGCGGAAAGCUCAUGUCCUGGACACUGUUGGAUAGUGGAAGUCCGGGCGAUCCGUCGGGCACCUCUCGCAAAACAAGUAAGGCUGGUGGUCGGGAUGAAAAAAUGAUUGCAGCUGAAGACAAGCCGGAAGAAUCGGGAAAUCAAACGGGCCUGGAUGUUUUGAUUGCCAAAGAUGGGACCCUAGCCGAGAUUGAAUUCCGUUUGGGGAAGUCUGGCGUCGAGGCAGAGCUGGAUCGAAGGGGGAAGGAGCGUGUUCAUGACCCUGGCUCAGACGCUAGUCGAGAUUAUCCCAGUUUCGCAAGUAACCUCUCUGCCACGGACCGUUCUUCCUCUGUCGGUUCUCGUCUUCCGUUUCUGCCUCCAACAACCGCCAGACGACCCCCUCCCAUUCGUCACGUUUCAGACACUGUAACGAAGUACGCCGCCUCCCCGAGUCCCAUAUUCAGCUCGCCGUUCGCUUCAUCCUCUGCCGAUAUUGAGGAACCUCCACACUCCGCACCUCUCUUGUCACCCAGACGUUCGUAUGAUUCCGCUGUACCAUUCGAUACGCCAACCGCCGCAUACAACUCCCGUCGGAGGGCAUCUUUACCGGUCUCGGCAUUCAGCAGGAAUUCACGGCAAAAUUAUCUCCGUUCGGCGGGCCCUUUGGCACGCAUACAAAGUCUUCCGGAACCAGAGUAUGACAUUGAGCUGUUGGAGAAGGGAAUGGCAGGAUCUCCUAAAGCAACACCACCUUUGAGUACGAGUUCUUCAGAUUCCAUGACAGGAGACUUGGAUCAGGGGGUCAUACAAGAGCCGCAACAAGUAUCUUCUGAGCGUCACAAAGCAAAGAAGCAUAGUCGUACAGCCCAGUUCUUCGGGUUGGACGUGGUCACCCGUACGGAUUUGAUGAAGAUCUUGGCAUGCGGUUUCGUUGCAGGCUGGGGAGUAGCUGGAAUGCACUACAUCGGACAAUGUUCCAUCGUCGGCAUGCCUUAUAUCGGAUACAUGGUCGAAUAUGUCAUCGGAUCUGUCAUUAUCGCCAGCGGCGCUGUCAUCAUCGCCUUGUAUAUUAUGUUCGUUAUGCUUCGGCCCAAGCUCAAACACACGUGGUUGUCCAAACUUGGAGUCGCAUUUGUCCUAGCCGCAGCGGUGACAAUGAUGCACUUUUGUGGUACGAUGGGAACUGUUUAUGCCUGGCCCGUCGACAGACGUAUCAGCUCUCAUCGAGUGUUGACCGGUGUCAACGCUGGAAUUGUCGGAAUCGUCAUCGCUUUAGCGUGCAUGACUUGCCUUGCCUGUAUCGGAUUUCUCGUGGUCGAUUCGUAUCGUCUCAAACGAGAACGGGAAAGACGUCGUCGUGUCGUUGUUGCGAUCGUGGGUAUCGAUGACCACGAUCGGAUACUUGUCAGCUCCAUAGACGGUCUCUUGCCCAUGUGUGAUAUCGCCAGUCUCGCUCCUGAAACCGGUCGUAGCAGCAAACGAAAAGGCAAGACGAGCUUCUCUACCUGGUCAAAUGAUUCCACCGUACUCGGUCUGGAUCUUUCCAUCGGUCACGAAGCGUUCGUUCAGGCUGUCAAACUCAGUUGGUCGUGGAGGAAUGGCACGACUUUUCAUUGGCCCACUCGAAUUCCCAGCGUUAGUGUGACCAGUCAGCCGGAAAGAAGAGGAUCAUCAGCAAGUACAACUGCUUCGAUGUCUCAAUCCGUCUCGUUGUCGACCACAGACAGUGGACAAAGUCGAGCCAGCGUGAUUAAAUUUGUCGAGAAGUUUUCGUCUGCCGCUUCGGACCUGGCUGUCAAGAUGACUGGUAGAAGAGAUGGGAUCUCCAGAGUUGGGGUGUUAUACGAUCAAAUCUUGUCUACUGGAUGGGUCAAGUUGCCCGAUAGCACAGAUACCAUUUCAAAAGGACAACUGGUCUUUCUCGUCCGACGAAUAACUUCUUCCGCCGAACGGUCCGAUCUGGUGUCAAGACAAUUCAUAUUCGCAGACGCUAACGCUGUGGCCUCCGCUUUGGUCAAAACCCUCUCCGUGACAUUGGAUGACACACUGCCUUUAUUGGAAGGAAUCAAGACAUUUGCACACUCGACCAUGUCUGUCACUGUCAAGCCUGCGACUUUGUACACUGGCGUAGCCAUCGUUCAAGCUACUCCGUUUGACGGUCUGCGUAUCAUGUUGGAGGAAGACAAUCGAUCACAAUUACCGAUGAGGGAAAUCGGUCAAAUAGUCUCCACAACGUCAUCGGCAUCCACUACUUCCUCUAGCUCCAGCGAUAAUAAUCUGAUCAUCUCUAGACCCGAAGAAAUUGGAGGAUUAUUGCGUCGUCUAUCCGGAAUGACCCUCUUGAGUUUGAUAGCAAGAAAUAUACAAACAAAAUACCCGCAAGAUUCCAAAAGCUCUCAACUGUCUCAUGAUUCGUCAAGUCGGUUGGACAAGCUUCUUCGCUUGAUAGAACGCGCCCUCAUUCCCAUGCUUGACACCUUGCUAUCUUCAGACGACAUGCAGCAUAUACUCCCCCGACUCACCCUUUAUCCAUCUCUCAUCCCUCUCACUCCCGGUCAGUCUUCAAGAUUACCAGGCUACACGCCACCUUAUCUAAUCAUAUUCUACGCGCACUACGAUCCAGCCAUCAACACUUUCAUCGACAAGUGGCUGCCGUUCAACUUAUUCAGAGCGCAAAACGCCUGUGUCAUAGGACCCAGGAUAGAAGCUCUCAGAAAAGCUGAAUUGGCGGCUGGAGUGUGGGAUCAUGGUGGUGAAACAAUCAGGAGACCAAGUAAGGUUCAAUUUGAGUUUCCGGACUCUUCUUCAAAUUCCUCAAACAUAGAAGAUCGAGAUGGAAUCGGACAGCUGGUAGUGAAACCUCAUGUCUCACCGAUAUUUGGAGAAUAUGCUUUCCCCUCUCCAAUCAUUUCCGACAACGGUCAUCCUACGCUUCAAUCUGCUACUGAAAUCAUUGGCUCGAGGAUCACUACAAAAUUACGGGAUGCUGGGUCAACUGACCCUUUGAGUGUUGAUGAAAAAAUUGGACCAUUCGGAGAUGAUGCGCAUGAUACUCGAAAUCAGUCUCUUUCAGUACCGAGACGAUCGAGUAUGGUACCGACAAAUAAGAUACAUCCUACGAGAUGGGAGAUGGAGAUGGAGAUGGGAAGAGGAGUGGAUGAUUGGGAUCAGGAUUGGUUGUUGAACCUUCUUCGAACGAGGUUGAGCGAACAUGCGUAGUCGGACCUUUACCGAUUAUCUUUUCUUUUGAGCCCUUUACUUGAAAUCAUUAUUACAUAUGUGGCGUACUCGGAUCAAACCCCUCAAUCGGCGUGAAAUCGGUGGUCACGCGUCAUACGAUCGUAGCCGAUCUUCUGGCCAUCGUCCCUGGAAUCGUACGUGUAAUCAAGAGAGUGAGAACAGUAGGAGGAAGAAGAGAAUGCAAGUGAAUGGGAGAAAUACCACCGAGAGGAAUACCGGGACUCUCAUGGAGACCUCACAAAGUUGGUGACGGAAUGAGCGUGGGAAGUCGACGUCUAUGAAUGAAUGGUGAAGUGGGAAUGGAGGACAAAUUUGGGACCUGGAAGGUGACAAGGAGGUGGAGGGUGAAGGGUUAAAUGGGUGAGAAUCAGGUUCAGAGGAAGAAAACAAACCAAUAUUUCCAUCACAUUGGCUCGCAUGGGUUUGGGCAAUAAGUGGCAUUGAUUCAUUGUUGUAUUUUGCCAUUUUGGCCGUAGCAUAGAAUGCAGGUGUAUGGAUGCAUCUUCUUCUUUCUC